GAGACACAAGGAAAAGGAAGGAGGGAGGGAAGCUGGUGAAGCCGUGGAUGUUCAUGAAAACGCCAAGUGUUUUUCUUUUUUUUUUUUUUUCCUCCUGUCUUGCCGUGGUGACACACUGCCAUGUCCACGAGAGAGCGGGGAAGACAGGGGGAGGCGAGGAGUGAAAGCGGGACGAAGCUCACCCCAUCUUGCCAUUGAUCUUCAGGCGAUCAAGGUAGACAAAUUCGAGGAUGGAUCCCAGCAAAUCAGACCAGGACUUUUAACAUUCAGUCUCCUCAGCUGAGGCCACACUCAACGCGUCUUCCCGAGCAGACCUGAGGCUGGAGAGACGUGAUGCGAAUCCUUCUACAGCCUCGUUGGAUUUUGGAUUAUUAAAUGCUGGAGACUUGCAUUCAUGUGGGAUCAGGUUUACAACAGGAAAACAUCAUGCAGGCGUUGCCCCAAGUUGGAGAACUUGGGAAAAGGGUUUCAUCAUGAACUCUGACGGGGAUUUCCAGAGGGCUCAUCCGGACAAACAUUUUUCCUAUGUGUCUUUCUUCCACUGUUGGCUCCUAAAAACAAAACUUAGCAUCGAAGCCGAGGCCUCCGCCUGAACCUGGAGCGGCUCCUCCGACGGCCACAUCAAUGCUCCCUAGGUGUCCCGCUCCAGGACGACGCCUGAUUUUAAGGAACUGAGGACAGCGGCGUGGUAACGGAGUGUGAGCGAGGGGCGGUUGGCUGGCCCGAGUCAGCUCCAAUGGGGGCCGGUUGUGACCCGGUCUGACCCCGGUUUGACCUUGCUGUGACCUUUGACCUCUCCGGUCCUGGCUCUCCACCUGCUCUGCUGCCUGGGUUCCGGUACGCUCCGCCCUGGGGCCCAGAACGAGCCAAUCAGGAUGAAGAAGAGCCGCAGCGUGCUGUCGGUGACUGGAGAAGAGGGAAACGACACAGAUAUAACAGGUGCCGGGGGGAAGGCGGAGUCGUCUCGCUACAGCCGAUCUUACACGUCUGGGGCCACGCUGGGGGCUGAGCUACGCAGAGGGAGGAGCAGAAGACUCUCGCCUAGUCUCCAGGUGCCAUGCUGGCUCCGCCCUCGAGAUCGCACCCGUUCACCAGAGGUCCUGAGCAACGUGUCACGUCCCACAACUCUUCCUCUCCGCAUCCCUCCUCGCAUCUCCAUCACACAGGCUGACUCUGACAGUUACGAAGCAGAGAAUGGCGUGUCCCCAGGUCACACCCCUCUGGGCUCCCAGAGUCCAAGCCUCACCCUGCACACCUCCUUCCCCCAGGGCCAGAGGAGAGAGUCCUUCCUCUACCGCUCCGACUCGGACUACGACAUGUCACCCAAGACGGUCUCACGUAACUCUUCCCUCGUCAGCGAAGGACACACAGCAGAGGACUUUAUCGUCACGCCUUUUGCUCAAGUACUGGCCAGUCUGAGAUCAGUACGGAGCAACUUCACCAUCCUCGCCAACGUCUCCACACCAGCAGUCAAGAGGUCUCCUCUCAGUGGAGGCUGCAUCAGUCCCAGGGCGACGCUGUCAGACCAGCAGUACCAGCAGCUCGCUCUGGACACGCUGGAGGAGCUGGACUGGUGCUUGGACCAGCUGGAGACCAUCCAGACGCACCGCUCUGUCAGCGAAAUGGCCUCCAACAAGUUUAAGAGGAUGCUGAACAGAGAGCUGUCUCACCUGUCCGAGAUGAGUCGCUCUGGGAACCAGGUGUCCGAAUACAUCUCCAGCACCUUCCUCGACAAGCAGAACGAGGUGGAAAUCCCGUCUCCAACUCUGAAAGACAAACCAAUGAGUCACAUCAGCGGCGUGAGGAAACUGUCUCACAGCUCCAGCCUCUCCAGCGCUUCGAUGCCUCGCUUCGGCGUCAACACCGACCACGAGGAUGAGCUUGCCAAGGAGCUGGAGGAUCUGGACAAAUGGAGUUUUAACAUAUUCAGAGUGGCUGAAUUCUCCAACAACAGACCUCUGAGCUGCAUCAUGUACGCCAUCUUCCAGGAGCGAGAGCUGCUGAAGACAUUUCGUAUCCCGGUGGACACCUUUGUCACUUAUGUGAUGACCCUGGAGGACCAUUACCAUGGCAACGUCGCGUACCACAACAGCCUCCAUGCCGCCGACGUCACCCAGUCCACGCAUGUCCUCCUCUCAACUCCUGCCCUCGAUGCCGCCUUCACUGACCUGGAGAUCCUCGCCGCCCUGUUCGCCGCUGCCAUCCAUGACGUAGACCACCCCGGCGUCUCCAACCAGUUCCUCAUCAACACCAACUCGGAGCUCGCCCUCAUGUACAACGAUGAGUCGGUGCUGGAGAACCACCACCUCGCCGUGGGCUUCAAGCUCCUGCACCUGGAGAACUGUGACAUCUUCCAGAACCUCACCAAGAGGCAGCGGCAGAGCCUUCGCAAGCUCGUCAUCGACAUGGUGUUGGCCACAGACAUGUCCAAACACAUGACCCUGCUGGCAGAUUUGAAGACGAUGGUGGAGACCAAGAAGGUGACGAGUUCAGGCGUCCUGCUCCUGGACCAUUACACGGAGCGGAUACAGGUGCUGAGGAACAUGGUGCACUGCGCAGACCUGAGCAACCCCACCAAGCCCUUACCCCUGUACCGACAGUGGACGGAGAGGAUCAUGGAGGAGUUCUUCCGACAGGGGGACAAGGAACGGGAGAGAGGGAUGGAGAUCAGCGCCAUGUGUGACAAACACACAGCGUCUGUGGAGAAGAGUCAGGUGGGCUUCAUCGACUACAUCGUCCACCCGCUGUGGGAGACGUGGGCCGACCUGGUGCACCCGGACGCCCAGGAGCUGCUGGACACGCUGGAGGAGAACAGGGAGUGGUACCUGAACACCAUGCCCCAGUCCCCCUCGCCUCCCCCGGACAGACACCUCCAGCACGACCGCUUCCAGUUCGAACUCACCCUGGAGGACCUGGAGCACAACAACCACAACCACAUACACCUGAGGAGCAACAGCAACGGCGGCGGCGGCGGCGGCGGCGGGGGGAGGAGGGGCUCGGACGGAGACGACGUCCAGGCCGAGCUGAACGGAGACGACCAGAACCACGUGGAAAGCGAGAGGGAGGACGAGGAGAAUCACAACAGUGAACAGAACGGAGUCCAGGAGGAGGAAGAGGGGGAGGGUGGAGAAAAGGAGGAGGAGGAGGAGGAGGGGCAGCAAGUAGAAGAAGAAACUGUGAAUGAUGAGACAGAGGUUGAGGAGAAAGAUGAAAAUCAGGGAGAAGAGCAGCAGGAGGAGGAGGAGGAAAAGGAUGAAGGAGAGGGAGAGGAAGAGGAGGUGGAGGGAGAAAAGGAGGAGAAUGAGGAAGCAAAAGAGGAAGAUGUAGAGGAAGAUGAGGGCAGUGCGGAAGACAAGGUAGAGGAAGAGGAGGUGGAAGUAGAGGAUCAGGCCGAGGAAGAGGAGAAAGAGGAGGAGGCAGAAACAGAGGACAACGUGGAAGAGGAAGCAGAGUUAGGACAAGAGGUAGAAGGAGAGGAGGAGGAGGAGGAGGAGGAGGAAGAAAAAGAGGACGAUGAGUCUUGAACCACCAACAAACAGGGUCAGUGAGGAAACGAAGGUGGAGGAGGAUUCUCUUCUCUCCAGAUCACGUGCUCUUAUGCUCGACUCGGGACGUCUCCAGAAUCUCACCGAGGAACAUUUAAGACCAACGGUUGCUGCGGCAACUGGACACAGCCCCCACCCCCACCCCCCACCCUCCAGAUUGUCCCCGAUCAGCUGGUAGUGACAGACAAGAGUCUCCUUCACCUGGUGUCCAUACAUCCAUCACUGCCGUAGGGGGGACAGACUGAGACAUGACGACAAUAAUAACUAAAGGGAGAAGAACCUGUUUUAUGAACUUUUUGUAGCUCCUGAACAUCUAAAGAAAUAACAAUAAAAAUUAAAAAAAAAAAAAAAGAAACAUCUGAUACGUACAUGCAAACAAGUACGUGCCUGUUCUCCCGUUCUUAUGGACACAUCGUCUCUCGGUCUCCGUCUUGUUGAUGACACAGUGACUAUUAUCUCAAGAACUGCUAAAAGAAUGUCAACUCUCUCUGUUUGUCAAAAAACAAAAACAAACAAAAAAAAAAAAAACAAGUCUGGGAAGUGUAGUCUGUCGUCUUGUAUUUACUACAAAAGAAACUUUCCUCCGCUCCUCCUGGGCUCCGCUCCCAGACCAGUUUGACCUCCUCCUCACAUACUAACCUUAACGCCACAAUGCUGGAUUUCUGAAACCGAUUUCUGAAUAACGUCGGAAACUGUUUUUCUCACAGAGGCUGAUUUAACUGUACGUGUCGAUGUCAGUCCAUGUUUAAAACAAAUAAUAAUAGUAAUAAAUAGAAAUGAAUCAACAGCCAGUAUUCAUCUCACCGCGAGAGGUUUCACCUGAACCGUGCCAAACUGUCCCAUGACCAGCACUGAGCAAUUCAGCCUCCGCACCCUCCGAGGGGUGAAGGGGUGAGGGGGUGAGGGUGAUGGGGGGGCUACACGUCAAGAAGCAAUGAAACACUGGGACCAGGCCAGCGGGUGUGAUGGUCUUCCACAAAUCCCAUUCUUUUGUUUUUGUUCGGUUUUUGUAAAGAUUGUAUUUGGCACUUUAUCUAACACCCCUGUUACAUAUAUGUACAUAACAAACCUGUAUUUUAAUCUGCUGAUGUCAUAUAAUAAAUACGAUGAAUGAACCAAUGAAUAAAUGAUGUUUUUAAUGGCG